GGCAUCCCUUUUUCAAGCUCUGUCUCCUUUCAGGCGCGUAAAAUCCCUACUGAAAAAAGGCUGGCCGAUCUUUUGGUGCGUCCAAGGCAUUCGUCCAUUUCCAAAGUGAGCAAUUUUGGUGGAGACCAGAUCCACAUCUGGCAGAGGCGACGCAAAGCUGCCAACAGAAAAUCUGAACUCAAAGUUGUGCUUAUCCCGCAGUCAGGCUGUACCUUAAAUGUGCUCUCAACAGCCGGACCUGAGUUCAGACUUCUUAGAUUCAAGGUUUUGGAGGUCUUCUUCAGUUUUGUACGCCAAUUAUUCCGAUAA